AUGGAGAAGAAGAGUAACAAUGAUGGUCUGCGAGUGGUUCUGUUUCCAUUACCAUUACAAGGCUGCAUCAGCCCUAUGCUUCAACUCGCCAAGAUCCUUCAUUCUAAAGGUUUCUCCAUCACUGUGAUCCACACGCGCUUCAACGCGCCAAAAGCUUCAAGCCAUCCUCUCUUCAACUUCUUACAGAUCGAAGACGGUUUGUCUGAAACAGAGAUCAACGAAGAUCCUACUUCUAAUGUUAUGUCUCUUCUUGCUCAAAUCAACCGUAACGCUGAGUCUCCGUUUCUUGACUGUUUGCAAAAACUGUUGUUGCAAUCUCAAGAGAGGAUUACUUGUUUGAUCGAUGAUUGUGGAUGGUUAUUCACACAGUCUGUUUCAGAGAGUUUGAAUCUUCCAAGGAUGGUUCUAUGUACCUUCAAAGCAACUUUCUUGAAUGCUUAUCCGAUUAUUCCUCUUCUUCGAACCAAAGGUUAUCUUCCAGUUUCAGAUUCAGAAGCAGAGGACUCUGUUCUUGAGUUCCCACCGCUUCAAAAGAGAGAUCUUUUAAGGGUUGUUGGAGAAGACGAAGAGGAACUUGGUCCGUUCUUGCGUGUUACAGUCGAAACGACAAUGAGAUCUUCAGGGCUCAUAUUCAUGUCUUGUGAAGAGCUAGAGAAAGAUUCGUUGAGUAUCGCUAACGAAAUUUUCAAAGUACCGAUCUUUGCGGUUGGUCCGUUCCACGGUUACUUCUCUGCUUCGUCUAGCAGUUUAUUCGCGCAAGACGAGACUUGCGUUCCUUGGUUAGAUAAUCAAGAAGAUAAGUCCGUUAUCUACGUGAGUCUAGGAAGCGUUGUGAACAUAUCGGAAUCAGAGUUCUUGGAGAUUGCUUACGGUUUAAACAAUAGCAAACAGCCUUUCUUGUGGGUGGUCCGACCGGGUUUGGUCCGUGGCGCAGAGUGGAUCGAACUGCUCACGGAAGAGCUCGUGAAUAGCCUCGGAGAGAAAGGAAAGAUCGUGAAAUGGGCACCGCAACAGGAUGUUCUUGCGCAUCGAGCAAUUGGAGGGUUUUUAACACACAAUGGUUGGAACUCGACGCUAGAGAGUAUAUGCGAAGGGGUUCCUAUGAUUUGUUUACCCGGCGGAUGGGACCAAAUGUUGAAUUCAAGAUUCGUAAGCGAUAUUUGGAAGGUCGGAAUCCACUUAGAAGGUCGGAUCGAUAGAAAUGAGAUUGAGAAAGCUGUGAAGAUGCUAAUGGUGGAAAGCGAAGGAGAAACGAUUCGCGAGAGGAUGAAUGUUUUGAAAGAUGAAAUUGCUAGAUCGGUUAAACAUGGAGGCUCGUCUUCUCGAUCUAUAGAGACUCUAGCUAAUCAUAUACUCUCUUUGUAA